AUGAUACCAGCUGUAACUGUGGACGUUCUAAACGACGACAUCUCCAGCUUCGCUGUCUACCAAGGAAGCUCAAAACCUACCGCUCCGACGCUGGUCGUCGCUGAGGGACAGGUGUUUACGGACACGUUCAACAUCGUACUGCAAGCGCAGCCUACCGCGGAUGUGUCUGUGGCAUACAGCACUUCUCUUGCGCUCCUUGCUGUAUCUCCGACUAGUGUAACCUUCACGCCUUCGACCUGGAACGUAUCGAAAGCAAUUACAGUGGCAGCAGACGACAAUUUCGCAGUCGACGGCGAUAGAACGGCGACGAUAUCGUCAGUGGUGUCGAGCAAUGAUCCGCUGUACGCAGCCAAGACAAUCGCCACUUUGAGCGUCAAGAUCGUCGAAACGAAGGACACGACGCCACCUCCGAAGCUCCUCGACGUCAAGUUCCUGGACACAGCUGCAGGCCUCACAAUCACGUUUGACCGAGCGGUUUAUUGUACAGUGUACACGUCCGACAGCUUCGCCUGCAGCGUACUGUUCGACCUCCCUUCAGCGACGGAUUCAACGAACUACUAUGGCGUAUCUCCAACGUGUACGUGGCUGACAGGGUCGACGUCUAUUCGAUUCGUAUUCGGACAAGGAGUUAGAGUUGUACCGGGCAGUACCUUAACAUUACGGGGCAGUCUGUUAAAGUCUACAGCUUCAGCAGAGCUGGCAACUCCUGCGACAACUGUGACGAUCAGCUCGCCGGAUAAACCUCCACACCCACAGGUGCUAGUGAGUGGUGCCUCCUCUCUUGGUAUGUGCGACGAUCUCGUGUUGGAUGGCUCCAGUUCGUCCGGAUCAGGCGGCCGACCCAUGACGUACACAUGGAUGCUGGUCAACACGACAAACGUGACUUCCGCCUCUCUAGAUGCUGUCGCAGCUCUGCUAACGUCGGCUACGACCACAAACAACGCCACGAUCAAACUCGCUGCGUCUGUACUGGAAGCAGACGGCACGUACUCGUUUAUUCUUCUCGCCAAGAACCUUUUCGGGAAAACAGGCAACUCGAACGAGGUCCUCGUCAAGAAAUCGGGCAUGGCUCUGCCGUCUGUGUCCAUUAAGGGCGGAAAUCUACAGGGAGCUUAUCGCGCUAACGAACUGGCGAUUACAGCUUCUGCUAGCUACCCAUCGUGUUCUGGGCCAGUGUCUACGGAUACGGAUGCGUCAGCAUCCACUGGUGUGGACAUGACGUGCUCCUGGCUCCAAGUAUCGGGAGAUCUGACCCCGACGCAGCUCAAAUCGACCAGUCCGAACCCGCGUAUCCUCAAACUACCAGCCAGAACACUGACUGUAAGCAACAGUGCAGACGUGCAGAUUGGCGUAGCGCGCACAGACUUGACGGCGCUGAUAGCGGCUGGGAAUCGGUCGAUAGGCGUGGAGCACGAUCUGGUGCUGGAUGCGUCGUCGUCCGUGGACCUAGACGACGUGCAUAACUCUGUAUCGAUGCAGUACUCGUGGACGUGCCGGGAUCUAAACGGAACGACCCAAGUGUACGACGUGGCGUGCUUAGCUGUUACUGGAGAGGCCUUAAUGCUCGACACAGAGGCGAAGAUCACAGUGGCUGCGAAUACGGUGAACCCGAAUAUGGCGUACAAGUUCGCUCUAACUGUAUCCAAAGACACGCGGUCAAGCAGCACUAGUGUGUUUAUAACCGUGAAGCCUGGAUCACCGCCUAAGGUGUCGAUCGAAGCUUUAGGCUCCGCGAAGGUAAACGCAAACGAUCGAGUGGUUUUCAAGGGAAAGGCGGUGUCUAAGCUGCCAAUAUCCAAGACGGAGUGGACGCUCGUAGGGGCUUCGGACUCGACGAUGAGCUCCAUCUUCGCCGUCCCUCGAGGACGUCUGAUGAUGCUUCUGAGCGAGGGGAAACUCACACCUGGACGGCUCGCUAACUGUAACGCCGUCGCUCUGGAAGACAAGUUCUCUGUACUUGCAAGCGACUGGGUCGACGAGGACUUGCCGCUGAAGUACACGUUCAAGUACAUCAAAGGUGCAACGUAUUCUGGAGAUAAUGAGAUCGCUCUGGGAGCGUCCACACCAGAUGCACUCUUUCUAUCGCAGCUUGGGAUGGGUGGAGGAGACAACAACACGGUCACGCUGGUAGUGUACGUCCAAGACGCGCUAGGGGCGACGACGCGAGUGACGAAAGAGAUUCAAGUUAAGCCGAUGCUGGUGGCUGCAGCGGACCAGGCGGCGUAUCUGGCCAACAAGACGCACGCCGUGAUGGCCGAAGCGCUGACUGGAGAUCCAGGGAAGGUGCUAAACACGAUCAAUGCGCUUGCAGACAUGGUGAAUGGGAAGGAGGAGACAGCGAACGCAACGACUGGCAAUGUAUCCACUCCUGCUACUACACUGAAGAGCUGUCCGACGUCGAGCUACGUCGAGUGUGCAGGGAAGGGAAGUUGUGUGCGUGAGCCUUCCGGAUGCUUGGCAUCGAACGUAGACUGCAUUGUGACGUGUGUGUGUGCUAGUGGGUACUACGGCGACAACUGUGCACUGGAUGAAGCAGCGAUGGCAACGAAGAGUGCGGCAUUGGGGACGCUUCUCGGUGCGAUGACGAAGGCGUCGGCGUCGGUGGAUGUUACGGAUAUAGGGGCGUUGGAACAACAGGCGGCCAGUGUGGUUACACUGACUAAGAGCGCCACGAUCCUCGACUCAAAGUCGCAGAAGCUGGUACUGAAUGUUGUGGACAACAUCUUGGCAGCGCCCGUGCUCACUCCUGCAGCUACGGCAGCAGUAGGGAACACCAUCUCCAACCUUCUAGAGCGCCCAACGCCGACACCUACUGCGACUACCAAAAUCUCUACACCGACGCCAACGGCAACGACGAAGAAUCCUUCGAAGACCGGCUCGGCGACAACGGACGGAAGCAUCGGAAGUGCAUCGACUUCGAACGGCAGCAUCAACACGUCGGACGAGUUUGCGGCUGAAAAGGCCCACGUCACACACGUUACUAGCACUAUCGGGAAGCUGCAGACGGCUAUGCUGGCAUCUGCAGUAGCCGGCGAAGACCCGAUCACGCUAGUGACCAAGAACCUCCGUCUUCUCCCUCUCAACGCUGCUCAGAUCGCAGCCAACUACACACCCGCGUCCACGACGUUCCCGACUGAUUUCGCGACGUAUCUGAAGAGCUGGACGAACGGCAGUGCGAGCAGUUCGGGAGAUGAAGGAACAGACCAAGACGACCCGACCGUGGACUUCCUGUCCAACGUUUUCGCCAAGAACCCGUACGCGUUCGAUAACACGUCGAUGAACUCGCGCGUCAUGACCGUUAAAGUGAGUAGCAACGGCCACGAGGUCGCGGUUCACGGCCUGCAGACGCCUUUCCGCUUGCUCAUGAGGAAUCUCGUGCCGAUCACGUUGCCAGUAUUCAACACCAGUGGGGACACCAGAACGUCGUCCAGUGGGAGGGACAGUAACAGCACCGUAACCGGUGCUCAACGCUACACGUUCUACUGCUUGGAAGGUACAAUUGAUGUUAAGUACUUCAACUGUACGGACAUCGAGGAGCCCAUGACCGUGCAGUGCAACGGUUCAAGCUACGCCGGUGAAGCUACGUGUCCUGUACGUCGGCCGUCGUGUACGUAUUGGGACUCAACGGCCGGGACAUGGUCGUCCGACGGCUGUCGAGCUGUGGGCACCACAGACGACGGCCUGUACACGAUCUGCGAGUGCACGCAUCUGACUGAUUUCUCGUCUCAAGUUACGCAGUCGAUGAGUCUUGUGACGGAGCAUUUCAUGAACGUGGUAACCCACCAGGUGACAAUCGAAGAUGUGGAGGAGAACUUGCUACUUAUCCUGACUAUGACGGGAUUCUUCCUGCUCUACGUUAUCGCAGUCUUCUACAUGAAGAGAGGCUCUGCACCGCCGGAUAAGCUCAAGCUGCGGUCUCUGUUCCAGGAACCAGAGUAUUUGCAGGCCAAGGACUGGCGCUCCAAGCUGCGUGCUGUGGUCGUAGGCUUUGGACGAGGACUGAAGCAACACCACAAGCUGCUGUCCAUCGUGUUCAAGUACAACGAGAGCUUCUCUCGCGCGCAGCGACUGACGGUUGUCUUCACGCUUGUGGCCAGUCACAUGUUUGUCAACGCGCUGCUGUACAAGCUCAAGAAAGGACCCAAGAGUGUCGGAUCGUCCGUCGUGUGUGCCGUAAUCACGACAGUGUGUCUGCUUCCAGUGGGUUUUGUGCUCAUGAUGAUGUUUAAGAAGGCUGGACGGAUGCAGACGUACCUCAUCCGCUUCCAGGUAGAAGACGACAUCGGGAAUAUCGUGGAGGUGGAGACAGAUGCCUACGGACGCACUAAGGAAUACUCGCCCGCUGAACAGCUCUCCAUGGACUUAGCAGCCCUUGCGCGUGGCGUCAACAUGAGCGCUUUAUCACUGGUACACGACAAGCUGAAGCAGCGAGAAGGCGGCGAUAAACGAGACCGCUUGGAGUCGAGAAGUGGCCAAGUGUGUCGUGGUGUUUUCCUGGCGCUGUAUAACCGAGAAGCCGAUGUGAAGCCGCCAACUCAUCACGAAGGAGACGCCAGUGAUGACCCACUUGCUGGCGUAUUGGUGCAGAUCAAGUCGCAUCUACGGGAGCAGAAACUUCAGCCGCACAGAGAGGACACCCACAGACACAGUCGACUUCUGAGCGCCAUCCCGUUUCGACGGAGCUCAGCCGAAGGACCAUCGGCCGCUUCUGUGACGGACAAAAGUGCUGGAAUGAUGCCGCCUGCAGCGCCCGUUCAGCUGGAUAUGAAGCGAAUCGACGAGGCUGAGGAAGAGGACCUAGAGAUAGACGCGACAGCACGCAAGGCGCUGGCAAUGGGCCAAUUGUGUGCCAUGCUGAAGCGCCAAGGCGGCGAAGCGCUGAUCAACAGUAUGCUCAAGUUCGACCCGCUUCUGGUUUCCGCGACGACGUCUGCGUCAAUCGCUGACAUCUGUGAGCGGCUUGACGUUCUCGAAGAAGAAGAGGAGGAAGAAGACGACGCCACUGAUGAUAGAGACGAGAACGCACGCCCUCAAACGAGCGAUGAGGACGAAGAAGCGAAAGCGGUGCUGGCGUUGCAAGCGUGGCUGGUCAAGUGCAACGAGUCCUGUGAAGCGCAGCAGACGAACGCGCGCAUAGUCGUCGCCAAGGCGCAGGCAGAACUGGAACGGACAGAGACGCAGCUGAAGAAACUACGCAACGCUAUUGGCAACGAGUUUGACCGUCGCAUGUCUGAAGCCAUGGCGCACGAGCUCAAUGGACCAAACGUCAACGAUGUCCUCCUUAAGACGCGACAGAGCGGGCGUUGUGUCUCCCGUCGGCCCCCAAACGUCCUGAAGGCUGAGGCAUCUGCUCGAGAGGAUAGGCGUCGUAUCAAAGUGACCAUCAAGAAGGACACGAAGGCCGUUCUCAGGGCCAAUCAAGCGCAACUUGCUGAGAAGCGCAAGGCCAUUAAAAAGGCGAAACGCGCAGCUGCAACGGAGCAGCGUCGACUCAAGCGCGCGCGCAAGCACGAGCAAGAUAAGGUGCUUGAAGGAUUACGCGGCGUCGCGCGGCUUAAGAGGCGUCUACGCCUGUACAUGGAGGCUCGAGAGGAGCGCAAGAUAGCGGCAUUGCCGCUUCACGAGCGGCAGGCGUAUCUGACUGAGAAGGAACAGCUCAAGAAGAUCCGACGCACGUCCAGACUGCUGUACAACGCCUUUUUGAGACGCCAGCCAGCGCAACAGUCCAAGCCUUUGCUGCCAGAGUGGGUCGUGUACUUGUCGUACACGAUCUGCGCCGUCUGGAGUGCCUGGUGCAUCUACUUCGUGCUCAUGUUCGCCUUCACUAUCGGCCAGGUGGAAGCGCAGCUUUGGGUGACGUCUCUGCUGUCGGGCUUGGCACUUACGUAUGUAAUCUCGGACCCGCUCAAGGUCUUUUUCUGUAUGGGCCUCAUGCCUAUCAUCGCUACUGGAAUCUUGGCCAACUCUGGCUUCUUCAGUGCCCUCAGCUCGGAACCAAUGUCUUUGGGAGCUACAGUAGUCGCGGCAGGUGCAGGUAACAUGACUGGGUAUGUGGCGAAGCAUCGCGCCGAUAGGCGGGAACGACGGACUCAACGCAGACUUUCCAAAGCGAACUCGACGAAACUCGUGCCGGUGAGUACGGCCGAGGAGGAGAACAGUGUGGUGGAAGAUAUUCCUCAAGCAGAUCAAGUGGUGGAGCUUCGACGAGUGGACGCGAACGACAGCGAUGGAGAAACGGAGCCGAAGAAGGACGCGUUCACAGACAUCACACGAAUCAGUGUACGCGACAGUGUGUUUAAUAAAUCUCCACGUGACGUUCCGAAGCUAACAGUCAAGAGCGGCCCGCCAGUACAGAUGCUGCGGUCUAGUGAAGUGGUCAAAGCUGAACCAUCGAUUGAGCGCACAGCAGUGCUGUCAGAGGUGGCGUCUGGAACUCUUACACGCAAGUGCGUGUGUGGCAUGACACUUUUGGAGACGCAGCGGACGGAGCAUGAGACGAUGCGCUGUUCGCUUCGGAUCAUAACGUGUCGUGCUGGUUGUGGGAGAUUUAUGCAGGCGCGAGGACGCGACGCACAUGAGCGCAGCCACUGCAGACUUAUCAUGUGUGAGUGCGGUAAGAUGGUGCUUACUCCGUCACUGGAGGCGCAUCGCACGCACGAAUGCAUCGCUGCGGACGCUGACAACAGCUUGCUGUCGCCUAGUGCCGUUCCAGCUGAUGGAGACCCAGUCGUACCGUGCAGACUACCUGGUUGUGCAGCGAAUAUGCGCGCGUCUCGACGUGAAGACCACGAGAAACAUGACUGUACGUUUCGACUCAUGAUGUGCAACUUCUGCGGCGUCGAGGUAUCCGUCCGAGAGAUGGAUACGUAUGCAUCUAGCGAGUGUACGCUCCGUCGACAGUCUCAACUAACGCUGUGUGCGCGUGGUAAGAUGGUAAGGAGAGAUUCGAUGGAGACACAUCAGACGACAGAAUGUAGUCGAAGAGAAGCAGCAAGUGACGAGACGGUACGGAGAGCAUCUUCCCCACCCAUUCUGGUGGUCUGUAGACUGUCGGGCUGUGCUGCGCGCAUGGCUGAAGCACUGCGAGAGAGUCACAAACGCGACUGUAGCUUCCGGCUUGUCACGUGUCCGCGAUGUUCGACGGAGCGGCCUGCAGUGAACAUGGAGGAGCAUUUAACGAGCUGUGCGCAACGGAGAAAGAGAAAACUGAGUCUCUGUGUCUGCGGUAAACUCGUGAUGAAAGGGGCUGCCCACAGCUGCACGGCAGUUAAUUCAGCUCCUACUCAUCCGCAGCCACUGCUUGUAGCGUGUCGACUUCCCGGAUGCAACGCGCGGAUGCGAGCAGCACUUCGCGAGGCCCACGAAAGGCACGAAUGCACUUAUCGCAUGGCCACGUGCACCCAGUGCGGCGUUGGGCGACAUGCAGCCGACAUGGAGACGCACCUGGCCCAUGAAUGCGCUCUCCAGCGUGCUCAGCAUUCAGUACAGCGGUCCAUGAGCGCGUUCGCUCCACCGAGUGUCGCCGUGCCAAAGCUCAACAAGAAAUCGAUUCGAGGACCCCCCAGUCCCAACAAGAAGACGACAAAGCCACCCCCGAUCUCAACUGUGAUCGGUAGCGAAGACGAAUCGAAGCAGCCUAUACGGGGGGUUCCUGCAAGAGCGGGCCCAACAACCAGUGCACUACCAGGGACUGUACAGUCGACAGAUGAAGCUAUGACAGUCGCUCGGAUGCGCGAGAGAGUGCUCGCGCGACGAGAACUGCCAGCAGUAUCACGACCAACCCGAUCCCAGUCAGUGGCAGUGUCCUCAACAGUUCGGGCCCAGGUGAAACCUCAGCUGUCACCGCCCCGAGGUCGUCCUGAUGGGUCAGUGUUUUCCGGACAGGGGCAAUCAGCAGACCAAGAAGUGACGGAAACUUUGGCGAUCUCGCCCCUGAGACGCAAAAUGAUGGCCCAACAUGGAAGCCCAACGGCGAGAGUUGUGCCAUCCCCAAGGGAAGACGAAGUAGCAGCAGUAAUUGCAGGUGGCUCUCUGCUUGAGACUUCAGCAACGAAUACUGCUACGCCAGCUCCGGUUUCGCCGCUUACGCUGGAGGAAGAACUCACCGCGGUCGAAGCAGAAACAAAACCGCAUGCCCCCCGCAGGUCACCAAAAUCUAGAUUGACAUAG